CAGGUUCCAGUUCAGGAAUUGGAGCAGGAAUUGCAGCAGUGUUUGCGAGAGAAGGCGCCAAACUCUCAUUGACUGGCAGAAACCAGAAGGGUUUGGAGGGAGUGGUUAAGAAUUGCAAAGCGGAAGCGUCUAAUGAUGUUCUCACAAACGUGGGCGACAUCACACAGGGUGCUUUCAGAAAGAUUCUGGUGGAAGCAACCAGGAAGAAGUUCGGGAAAAUAGACAUUCUGGUGAACAAUGCUGGGAUCGCAGGUGUAAGUCCGCUGCAAUCAACAACCAAAGAGCUGUACGACAGAACCAUGGCCAUAAACGUGGAGACACCUGUGUUUUUGACACAGCUAGUUGCACCGUAUUUGAUUGAAUCUAAAGGAUGUGUGGUUAAUGUUUCAAGUUGCACCACGACUACAAUUUCUCCGGGAGGGGCUAUCUACGUCAUGUCAAAGGCGGCCUUGGACACAUUCACAAGAUACCUUGCACAUGAAAUGGUUUCACACGGAGUACGCGUGAAUGCAGUUAAUCCUGGUUACAUACCCACUCAGUUAUUGUCUCGCAACUUAUCGAAAGAAGAUUUGGCCAUGAUGGAGAGUGCCGUGACUAAAGCAACGCCAGUUGGUCGGUUGGGUACCGUAGAAGAAAUUGGCCACAUUGUUGCCUUCCUAGCUUCAGAGAAAGCAGCCUUUGUGACCGGAGAAUGUUUCAGGGCCGAUGGUGGGUUGACAAUGACCACACCAGCCCAAGUAUAAAGAAGAGGGUCGCAAGGCGCCCAAAUGCCUCCAUCAAUUGCAGACUGUGUAACGAGCAUGUAGUGUGUACCAAAUAGACUAUACAAGUACGUAUGUUUCAUCAGUAGCGACCCCUGUUUUUGAGAACAUCCUGAAAUAGAAAGCUGAUCAACCUGAUAAAUCAUUACUUCAA